GGUGAUGACUGUAUGACUGUACCGUUCGUACCUGCAUUAUUUUUUAUACAUCUACUUUGGGUUUCGCUGAUUUAUUCUUCUCUUUCACAUCCCACCCCCAUUCAUCAUCAUUCUGCGAUUUGUUUCGUAGAUAACUUAUUUAUCUUCCAACUUUUCAAGUCAUUUAGUUGUUUCUUGAAUUUUUCUUUCUUUUUUCCUACACCGGUUUUUCCACAUAUCUAGUUUCGGUCACAGCUUCCAUAUUUGAUUCAACCUCGCGCACAACGCCAUACCAAUUGUGGGAGCAUUGUUGUUGAUCUUGUCUAGACUUUUUUCGUUUCUAUAUUAAAUAUUUCAAUCUUUAAAUAAAAAUAUCACGACACUCUUUUUCGUACAAUACAUCAAUUCACCAUGACAGAAUCUGGAUAUUUUAACAUGGUCGAACCCACCUCAUCAGCUCCCGAAUAUGACCUCAUGGAGGACUCCGGAGUUGUUUUCGAGGAUGAAGAUAAUUUCCCAGAUGAGACUCCAGGAGAGCGUCUCGGCGCUAUCUUCGAAGAUGAUGAAAACACUCAUGAUGAGACUGGAAUUGUCUUCGAAGAGGAAGAGAGCACUCCAGAGGAAACGCCAGAAGACCGCCUCGCAGUGAAAAAACUAGAUCUCAAGAAAUGUGCUGAAGACAUGGUUUCUGAGCAUUCGGAAGCUGUGGCUCUUGCUGCAUUGGCAAAGAAAAUCGAAUCAGGACUCAAGGAAGUCAACUCGAAGUUACUAGAGAAGAAUGAAAUUGUGCAAUACUUCAUCAAGAGAAAUGGGCAAUUAUCAACUGAGAUCCGGGAAGAAGAGACCAACAUCAAAUUCUUCAAUUUAGAGUCAUCACUUGGUAUGAAGACACUAGAAUGCGAGCAGCUGUCUGAGGAGAAUCAAAAAUUGGCAGAGAAAGUCAGACUUUACGAAGAAACCGUGAACCAUAAAGGCAAAAUCGACGUGGGUGCUUUACUAGUCGAAAAUUCUGAAUUGAAGCGCAAGCUUGAAAAUUCGUCAACUCAACCAGAUUUCGACUAUGGUGCACCUCCACACGAAGAACUUCAAAGUGAAACCACCUUUGUCAAUCCUGAAAGUCAAAUUACAGAGUGGAAAGAAAAUCCCAAGAUCCAAGAAUACAUCGCCGAAACUGUUCGCUCUGCUCUUAGUCAACAGCGAAAAUCGAUGAAGCAUCUUUUCUUCGUCGGUCAACGCGUCCGCAACCGUUUCCUUGAGAGAAACUCUUCAUACGAUCCCAAAGCCAAGGAACGCAACUCCAUCUACGAAUUGGGUAAUUCAAGCGUUUAUAACGGACGGCCCAUUACCGAUGCCACUCUCUUCUCUCAUGUCCAGGGUAUUGCAUUUGAGAAACGCACAGAUGAGGAAACUUUCAAGCAGUUGUACUGGGCAAGCUGGCAAACGGUUCUUCGUCUCCAAGAUUGCGCCGAAUUUAUCGAAAUGCUCCGCUGGCAUUCAUCUGUCAAAGCCUGGCGUAAAUCAGACUACAUGGAAACCGACUUCUUCAAAACCUGGACCAAGAACAUCGACACAACAUUCGAGGACAUGGAUCUCGACGCCGUGCGCGAUUAUUGCGGAAACAUCACCCGUAAGAAGCUCAAAGCAUGUUAUCUAGAUGAGAAGCGAAGAAACAUGAAGGUUAGACGAAGCGUGGGAUUGGGAUCAGGCAAUGGUAAGUCUGAUUAUCUUCCUUGUGCUUGUGAUUGUGGAGAACAGAUUCAGGUUCCACUUGAAACUAUUGUUGCGAAAGUAGCAAAGUCCACUCGGGUAUCGAGAUUGCCGUUCGGCAGAAGAGAUACUGUAUCGUAAACUAUUUUUAAAGAUGUUAUAUUAUAUACUGAAUGUGCGAAAAGUGGGUUUGUUUUUUGGAAGCGGGAUGGAAGCUUCUGGAGGCGGGAUGGAGAUAAGAAUGGAGGGAGGCAUGGUUAAGAGUGUGCUUAGGUGGGCCAUGCUGGCGUUGAUUAUGCUUUGUCAAUUCAUGCUCUGGAUAGUGUGGUGGGUGGAGCAAAAUGAUUGGAUUAGUUCCGGUCUGGAAGAUUUGAUGGACUUGGAUUUUGAGCUUGAUCUCGAAUGGUGUGGAUUGGGAACAUUGGAUUUGGAGGUGGAGGAUGUGUUGGUAUGUGUGAGAACUGGGUUGAUGCUGGGGUGGUUGGUGGGUGAGUGUGCAGCGCUUACUGCACAGCGACGAGGUUGGAAUUGGAACUGGAAUUCCCCUCGCGUCGAGAACUCCUUGCGCAGUUUGUGCUUUUGGAAAUGAGGGGAGAAAAUAUUGUUGGCGUGAAGCGUUAGAGAGAGUUCGCUGGCUUGAAGACAUGACGCAUGAUGAAGCAUCAAUUUGAAACAUGGAAACGAGAAUGAGAUAUGGAAUAUGGAUAUGGAUGGAUUUACGACAUUUAUGAUAACGAAUUUGGCUACACGAAACUCAUAUUAGACGGACGAAACCGAUACACUUGCAUAACGCUUGCAUACGAAUUUCCUUUAGAAAGCAACAGAAAAUACCCAAUGGAUUAGGAGUUUUAUUUCUCUUUUGUAUAUAGUUUGAUGAUACUGAAGAUUGGACGAUUCAGAUAGAUGUUAUUGACAUUUUAGUCCACAGAUGAGUCCAUUAUGAUUUGCAUGGAAACUGGAGGCUUCUUUGUGCUUUGAAGUGUGCCUCUAAGGUAGAACGUGGGAGUGUACGAAUGUGAUGACGAAUGGAAGUACCUUCACUCA